CAAACGCAUGACGCUUAUUUAUUUAUUUUCCCCUGCCAAUCUUCAUACUCGGCAAACUGGAGUAACCCCACUGCUGUAACUUUUGACACGCUCAGCACUCCUUUGCUGCAGAGACCGAUGCUUGACGUUAAUGGAUCCACAUCAAGUUUCCUAGUAAGAGAAAAUGUGUGUAAAAAUGUCAUGAUAAAUAUUCCUCUAUUACAACAGAGUGUCCAACAAGUACUGACUCAUUCCUUACGCCGUCGCCAUGUGAUGUCGAUGAUGAAGUGAAACUCGCGGGUUUUGUCGCAACAUACGCGCAAGGGGAGAAAGGGAAAGAAACACGCUUUCACGGGUGAGGUAUUUAUUUGGAUGCAUGUAAUUCUAUAAAGUCGAUAAUUACAGACUAAUAAUGAAAGUUUGACUAGCUGGUUCGACAGGGACAUAGCUGGGCUUGGUUUUAUUUAUGAUCGUCUGAUUGUGACAUGCUCUUUUCUUUGAGAGGUUUUUGGAGAGCUUCUGGAACUGAGAGCCACUGAAGCAAAGAUGACAGUAUCCAGUUUGUGUUCAUCCAAGGCUGAAGCAUUCCACUUGCAGAUCAACUACCAUUAAAGUGAAUGGGAAUGCUUAUGGAUAGCUCUGUGCAGACAUAAUACCAGCCACUUCUGAAGAGCAGCAGGGCCUCUAAAAUGAGUUUCUAUGAGAAGAGAAAGGGAGCUAUUUCUGCUCAGACCAAAAGGGCGGGAAAUCCAGAACCCAGCUGUGUGUCAAUGAAGAGUGACGUGUCUAUGGGCAUGCCACCUGAAUUCAGUGGUGGAGCAGUGAACCCUGACCCCAAGUGUUUGUUGCAGGUUUUUUCCAAAUGUGGAGUGUGUGAGCAGGUUCUGAAAGAUCCAGUCUCAAUUACCUGUAAACAUAGUUUCUGCAGACAGUGUAUCAGCUGCUACUGGGAUAAGUUCAGUCAAUCAGAAGACUUUGACUGCCCUCAAUGCAAGAAGAGGUCUAUAAUACGUCCUGUUCUACAAACAUAUAAAGUCUCGGGAGGAUCCAGUUCUGCUCUCUGUUACGCAAACCUGCAGCAGGAUUCUCUGGUGGACGAUGUCCUGCAGAGAGUCAAAGAGAAACACAAAACCAGCAUGAGGAACAAGUAUGAGUGCUUAUUUGAGGGAAUCAAACUACAGGAGAAUCAAACACUCCUGAACAGGAUCUACACACAGCUUUGUAUCAUAGAGGGAGAAAGUGAAGGGGUGAAUGAGGAACAUGAAGUGUUACGGAUGGAGAAAACAGCCAGAACACAACAUUCACAAAACACUCAAAUCCACUGUAAUGACAUCUUUAAAUCCUUACCCGAACAAGGAUGUGAGGGGAAGAGAAGAAAGAUGGAUGACAAAAUAAAGAUUGUUCUUACUAAAGGAGUCGCUGGAAUUGGAAAAACAGUCUCUGUGCAGAAGUUCAUUCUGGACUGGGCUGAGGGAAAAGCCAAUCAGGAUGUAGAUUUCAUGUUUGUGCUUCCAUUUCGAGAGCUGAACUUGAUUAAAGAUGAUCAGUACAGCAUUCACAAAAUUCUGCUUGACUUUCUUCCUGAACUUCAAGAUCUGGACUCAAAGAUUUAUGAUGAAUGUAAAGUUGUGUUCAUCUUCGAUGGUCUGGAUGAAAGCCGAAUUACACUGAGGUUUUCAGACAGUGAGAUGGUUUCUGAUAUAAAUAAGUCUUCAUCAGUUGGUGUAUUGAUGUCAAACAUCAUCAGAGGAGAGCUGCUUCCCUCUGCUCACAUCUGGAUCACCUCCAGACCAGCAGCAGCCAAUCAAAUCCCUUCAAAAUACAUCAACCGGGUGACUGAAAUUCAGGGAUUCAAUGACCCUCAGAAGGAGAAAUAUUUCAGGAAGAGGAUCAGUGAUCAGCAUCAAGCCAGCAGAAUCAUCUCACACAUCAUAAGAUCAAGAAGCCUCCACAUCAUGUGCCACAUACCGGUCUUCUGCUGGAUCUCAUCCACUGUGCUUCAGAACAUCCUGAAACAAGAUGACAGUGCAGAAAUCCCUCAAACUCUGACUGAAAUGUACAUCCACUUUCUGCUCAUUCAGAUAAACCUAAGGAAUCAGAAGUAUGAUGAGAGAGAUCCUGGAAAACACUGGCAGUCCAACAGAGAUGUGAUUUUGAAACUUGCUGAACUGGCUUUCAAACAGCUCAAGAAAGGCAAUAUCAUGUUCUAUGAGGAGGAUCUGAAAGAGUGCGACAUAGAUGUCAUCGACGCCUCAGUGUAUUCUGGGAUUUGCACCGAGAUAUUUAAGGAGGAAUCUGUGAUUCAUCAGAGGAAAGUCUACUGCUUCAUACAUCUGAGCUUUCAGGAGUUUCUUGCUGCUAUUUAUGUGUUCUAUUGUUAUGUAAUUAACACUGUGGAGGAACUAAGGUUUUUUGAUUCCCUGCAUAAUUUGCUCAGAGGAGCAGUAGAUAAAGCCUUAGAAAGCGAAAAUGGACACCUGGAUCUUUUUCUCCGGUUCCUGCUGGGUAUCUCACUGGACUCCAAUCAGAAACUCUUACAGGAUCUACUGACCAACACUCACAGCUGCUCAAGGAGCAUUGAGAAAACAACUGCUUAUAUUAAAGACAAAAUUAAACUUGGACAUAACCUUUCAGCUGACAGAUCCAUCAAUCUUUUUCUUUGUCUCUUUGAAAUGAAAGAUCAGACUCUGCACAGAGAGAUCCAGGAGUUUCUGAAAUCAGACAAACACUCAGAGAAGAAACUCUCUUCUGCACUUUGCUCAACAAUCGCCUACAUGUAUCAGAUGUCAGAAGAUGUGCUGGAGGAACUUGAUCCCAAGAAAUUUAAUACAUCAGAAGAAGGUCGCAGAAAACUCUUACCAGCUGUGAAAAACUGCAGAAAAGCUCUUCUUGCUGAUUGUAAUCUCACUGAUAAAUCUUGUGAAAUUGUGGCCUCAGCUCUACAAUCAUCAAACUCCGUCCUGAGAGAGCUGGACCUGAGUAACAAUGACUUGCAGGAUUCAGGAGUGAAGCUUCUCUCUGAUGGACUGAAGAGUCCAAACUGUCAACUAGAGAAACUGAGAUUAUCUGGCUGUAUGGUGACAGAGAAAGGCUGUUGUUUUCUGGCCUCGACUCUGAGUUCCAACCCCUCAUACCUGAGAGAGCUGGAUCUCAGCUACAAUCACCCUGGACAUUCAGGAGUCAAGAUGCUCUCUGAUCGACUGAACCAUCCAAACUGCAAACUCAAUUUUGACCAUGGAGAGUCUUUCAGAAUCACACCAGGACUGCGGAAAUAUGCCUGUGUUCUCUCAUUUGAUCAAAAUACAGUAAACACGCAUCUCAUUCUAUCUGAGAACAACAAAAAGGCAACAUAUUUGGAAGAGGAGCAGCCAUAUCCUGAUCAUCCAGAAAGAUUUGAGCACUACGAGCAGGUUCUGUGUAGAGAGAGCCUGACUGGACGCUGUUACUGGGAGGCUGAAUGGAGUGGCUGGAGUCAUAUAGCAGUCACAUAUCGAGGUAUCAACAGGAAAGGAGGGAGCGACUGCAGGUUUGGACUCAACGAAAAGUCCUGGAGUCUGGUCUGCUCUGGUAAAAAUUACUAUGCCAGGCAUAAUAAUGCAAGAACUGACAUACCUGCACCCUCAUUAUGUUCUAACAUAAUAGGAGUGUAUCUAGAUCAGCCAACUGGCUCUUUGUCUUUUUACAGUGUUUCCUCUGAAACUGGUCAAAUGGUCCACAUUUACACCUUCCACUCCACAUUUACUGAGCCCCUCUGUGCAGGGUUUGGUGUUGGGGUUGACAGUGGAACUUCAGUGUGUUUAUGUUAAAUACAGAAGCUGUGAAGCAGGUGUGUCAGACCAGGGGCGUAGAUUACGCGGGGGACGC